CUCCGGGGCGAAAGCCACCGCAGAGAUGAAGCUGGCGAGCUGGUGCUGGCUGAGCUCCGCUGUCUUUGCCGCCUCUGGUUACUUAGUUAUGGCAAACAACGGAAUGAAGGACAUGCAAGAUGAACCGGCCAGGGACGCCUGCCCGGUGAGAGUAGAGAGCAGCGGCAAAUGUGGGGAGGGAGGUGAGUGCAGCUAUCAGGUGAACCUGCCUCCGCUGACUCUUCAGCUCCCAGGGCCGCUGGGCAGGAUGGAAGAGGUAUUGAAAGAAGUUGAGAACCUCAAGGAAAUGGUCAACAGCCUGAAGAAAUGCUGCCAAGACUGCAAGCUGCAGGCGGAUGACAACCAAGAGCCUGGCAAACAGGGAUUGCUGUUACCCAAGGCCCCGGUCACAGCUGGUGACAACAGGGUUGGGGAAUUAGAGAAUCAGGUUAACAAGCUGUCCUCUGACCUCCGGGACGCAAAGGAAGAGAUCCACUCGCUUCAAGGUCGCCUGGAGAAGCUGAAUCUCGUGAAUAUGAACAACGUAGAAAAUUAUGUUGAUAGCAAAGUGGCAAAUCUUACCUCCGCGGUCAAUAGUUUGAAUGGCAAGUGUUCCUCUAAUUGUUCCAAUCAAGAACAAAUACAAUCUCGUCCAGUUCAACAUCUAAUAUAUAAAGAUUGCUCCGACUACUACACAAUAGGCAAAAGAAGUAGUGAGACCUACAGAGUUACACCGGAUCCCAAAUACAGUAGCUUCGAUGUUUACUGUGACAUGGAGACCAUGGGGGGAGGCUGGACAGUGCUGCAGGCACGUCUCGAUGGAAGCACCAACUUCACCAGAACAUGGCAAGACUAUAAAACAGGCUUUGGGAACCUCCAAAGAGAAUUUUGGCUGGGGAACGAAAAAAUUCAUCUUCUGACCAAGAGUAAGGAAAUGAUUCUAAGAGUGGAUCUUGAAGACUUUAAUGAUGUCAAACUCUAUGCUUUGUAUGACCAUUUUUAUGUGGCCAAUGAGUUUCUCAAAUACCGUUUACACAUUGGCAAUUACAAUGGUACAGCUGGUGAUGCCUUACAUUUCAGUAAACAUUACAACCACGACUUGAAGUUUUUCACAACCCCAGACAGAGAUAAUGAUCGUUAUCCCUCUGGGAACUGUGGACUCUACUACAGUUCAGGCUGGUGGUUUGAUGCAUGUCUUUCUGCAAACUUAAAUGGCAAAUACUAUCACCAAAAAUACAGAGGUGUACGUAACGGAAUUUUCUGGGGCACUUGGCCUGGUAUGAGUGAGACACAUUAUACUGAUUAUAAGUCCUCCUUCAAAAAGACCAAAAUGAUGAUUAGACCCAAACACUUUAAGCCUUAAAUAACUAUGCUCAUUUCCCUGGGCAUUAAUGAUCUAAAUAGGGCAAUUAUUCCUUCAGCACUUUGGAAUACGUUUCAUACUCCUUUCUCUAUGUCUAAAAGUUUACUUCGAGCAAUGAAAUUUUAUGCUACACAGGAUUAGAAAAAAUGUCUGAAAAAUGCACAAUUUUAAGAAAUCUUUUGUGUCAUAUGCUGUUAUCCAAAUCAAUACCUGCAAGCUAUUGGGAAUAUUGAGAAUUAUAUAGUAGAUUAAUAAUUCUCUUCAUUUCUAUGAAUUGAAGUUUUUAGUUACUUUCAACGGUAUUUGUCUUGAAAUGCCCUAGUCCUCAUCUGAGAUAAGCUUACUCCUCUGUUAAUGGUCAUUACUUUGACCAGGAAGAUCAAACAGUGUUUUAGUUCCCAGACAAAGUAAAGUGUAGAAAUAAAACCUGUUCACCUACUAAUGGUAAAUAAAAAAUAUUUGUUCAAAUAUUUUCAAAUGUGUAGCAUAAUGUCACUCCUAAAAGUAUCCAAAACAUUCAUUUAACCUUAAAGCACAUACUUUUAUGACUUUAUAUAUUUUCUGAUUAAAAACAGCAUCACCAAAAAAAAAUUACCUUCCUCUGCUCUAUAGGCACAAAAUUUUAAAUUUAAAAUUGCUCACCACUGUGCUGGAUUAUGAGGAGGCUCUCUUUAGAGUGGUAGCUCUGGUUAGAGAACAAAACAUUUAUUUAUGGACUCUGAUACUCUGAUAGUCAAUUUUAUAUUUAAAAUAAUAAUGUCAUAAUAUAAUUAACUUCAUAGAAUGCCAACUUUUAUAGGACAAAUAUAAGCAAAGAGAUAUUUAUAAAAAACACAAAUUUUAAAGUCUAUGACAGAGUUUAAAUGUUUUAUUUUUAACAUUAAUUGGUAUAUUGCAUAUCUUACUAUUAGAAGAUUCAAAUAUAGUUGUUUAUUAUUUUUUUACCAAAGUAUUUUGAAUUUUUAUAUCAGUAAUAGAUUCUAUAAUUCCAAUUAUAUUAAAUUAUAAAAUAAUUUAAAUGUCAUUAUUUUAAUCUAAUUAAAUUUCAUCACUGUGAUAAAGUUCAUUUCAGAGAGAACAUCAGUAUUCUGUAGCACAUUUUUAAAACUACUCAAGAAUAAAAUUUGAAAUAACAUUCUAUUUGUAUACAGAAAUACAUUCAAUUUUUAAUUUCUAGCUUCUAAUACAAUAAUCAGGUUUUCAAAAUGAAUUAAAAGAUACAUCUUUACCUAUUAACUGAAGAUAAUUUAGUAAUUCAUUUAAAAAUAAUUGCUUUAGGCACCAAAUUAAUUUUUUAAUAUUAUAUUUAUAACAUUUCUAAUAAAAAAUAAGCAAAAUAGGGGCCAGGGAGAUGACUCAGAUGGCAUGGUCUGCAUGUGGGAGGACUAGGUUCAAUCCCAGGCACCACCUGGUCCCCUAAGCAACUCUAGGAGAAACCUUCUAGUCCUAUCAGCUGUAGCCCUCAAAACAGAAACAAAAGUAAAAUAGUAUUUUAAAGUAUACAACUUACAAAGCUUCAGGAAAACUUGAUGGGAACUGAGUUAUUAUGAAUGUUUUUACAGUACUAAAGCAAGAAAAAUACAGAUAGAGUUAAGUGAAGAACAAAACAAAAUAUCACUGCAAAUUUUGAGGGUGAGUAUUUAAAGAAUAUCAAUUAUUAGUGUAAUUGAUUAACUCUUGUUUGUAAAAGAUUAAAAAUAUUUUACAUCAUUAAAUAUAUUUCAGAUAAGCAUAUUUGUAUACUUUGUGUAAUUAACAUAUGCAUAAGCUUAAGUAAAUUUCUGUGAUCACGAAAAGACUAAUCAAAAAAUAUUAUUGUAGAGCAAAAGAACUCAAAGAAAAGUGUCCACUGAUUUCAUGGGAACUAAGUAUCAUUUCAGGAGAACUUGUAUAUAAUUCAUGAAUCCAUGUAGAUACUCAAAUACUUGUUAUAUUGUCCUCUUUUUCAAAGGAUCAAAUUUUGUUUUUACAUUGUACUUUUCUAGUCCUUUACAAACAAAAAAUUCUGUAACAUAAAAAUUUUCUUUUUGAAAUCAACUUAUGUCAUUAUAAAAUAUAUCUUACACUUUGAUAAAUGGAAUGUAAUGAUAAAAAUAGAUUAUAUGUGAGUAUUUCACCAUAACAAAACUGUUCACAAGUAUGGACUGACUAUUAACAAAUAUAUUACUUUAAUGUCUUAUUUUUGUUUCAUUUGAAUGUCUAAUGUUUGUUAUCUCAUUCAUGGCUAUUUCUGAUUUUAGCAUUCUGAAAAUAUUAGUACUGGGUCUUUAGAAACUCCAAGUGACAUUGAUUCUCUGCUAGAAAAAACAAUCAAUUUUUUUGAUAAACAGUAAUAUUUCAAGAGAAUUAAUGACACAUUCAUUUAAUAAAGGAAGAACUUAGGCCCACACCCACCAUCUUGCCAGCAGAAAAACACCCCAGCUCCACAACUGGUGGAGGGAUGGGUGAUUGAUCAUUGUGAGAUUGUAACCCAAACAUGAAAGCUUGU